AAUGAUAAAUAAGUAAACAGAAUAAAUAUUCUCAUAAUUGUAAGGAGCAUUUGGGCAGGUGGAGAGGAGGAAGGAGAAGAAGCCAAUGAAAUUAGAAUAUAUAAAUUAAGGAAUUGCGUUAUAAAUGAUUAAUAAUAAGAGUAAAGGGGGUCUAGAAGGCACUUAAGUUUUUAUCAGGAUCAAAUAAGAUGGAAGUAAGAGAAUUGGCUAUAAUUUUAUGACAAUAAGUAAAGUAAACAGAAUUUAAUAAAGAAGACUAAACAAAUUAUAGCACAUUUGAAAUAGUCUCCAAGCUAUAAGCAAGUUUACUUGGAUUUGGAUUUCGAGUAAUAUGUGAAAGAAGGUUGA